GAUAGCAUUAUUAUGGUUGAGAAUAUGGUUGCCGCUCAAGAAUAAAUGUGGGAUGCGGUGCUAAUUAAUUUGCCCUGCACCACACAAAACCACUCUCUCGUUGCUCGAUUUGGGAGCUACUACCUUUCUUGAAGGGAGCUGCGCAAUGGAUUCGAGCAGCAGCGAGAUCCUCGUCGACGCCGGUAGCUUCCGAUUAUACAAGGAUGGCCACGCCGACCGUACCGGCGACAUGGAGACCGUGCCCGCCGGCUUCGACGCCGACACCGGCGUCACCUCCAAAGACGUCGUCAUCGACGCUGUCACCGGCGUCUUCGUGCGCCUCUACCUACCACUCAUCCAGGCUGCUACCGAUGACGACGGCAAGACGAAGCUCCCCAUCCUCGUCUUCUUCCACGGCGGCUACUUCGUCGUCGGGUCAGCUAGCUGCCCUAAGCGCCACCGCAACAUCAACGAUAUCGUCGCCAGGGCCCGUUUAAUCGCUGUCUCCGUCGACUACCGCCUCGCUCCCGAGCACCUGCUCCCGGCGGCGUACGACGACUCCUGGGCGGCGCUCAACUGGGCGUUGUCCGGGGCCGACCCAUGGCUGUCCGAGCACGGCGACACCGGCCGAGUCUUCUUGGCCGGCGUCAGCGCUGGCGGGAACAUAGCCCACAACAUGACCAUCGCCGUGGGCGUGCGUGGCCUGGACGCCGCGGUACCGGCGCGCAUAGAGGGCACAAUCUUGCUCCACCCUUCGUUCUGCGGCGAGACGAGGAUGGAAGGGGAGCCGGAGGAAUUCUGGGAAAGCGUCAAGAAGAGGUGGUCGAUCAUCUUCCCCGACGCGAAGGGCGGGCUGGACGAUCCGCGGAUGAACCCCAUGGCGGCCGGCGCGCCGAGCCUGACGAAGCUGGCGUGCGAGAGGAUGCUGGUCUGCGCGGCGUCGGAGGACCCGAUAAGACCAAGGGAACGUGCGUACUACGACGCCGUGAAGCGAAGUGGGUGGGGCGGAGAGGUGGAUUGGUUCGAGUCAGAAGGCGAGGGCCACGCCUUCUUCGUCCGCAAGUACGGCAGCAGCAAGGCCGUCAAGCUCAUGGAUCGAGUGAUUGCUUUCCUUGCUGGCCAUUAACUGUACUCCCAAGAGAAAUAUUAUCGCUAUAUUAGUCAUCCGUACUUCUCUGCAUCGUGUCAUCGUGUCCACGAAUAAUUAACUAUUUGCAAUUUUUACGAGUGGUGAUAAAAAAUUUACCAGUGAAAUCAUAUGUCAUAGAUACGUGAGAGUUUAUAUGUUAUAGAUCAAG